AUGAAGUCGUCGACGAGAUGGACGAAUUCUAAUUACAUUCAGAUAACACUGUUCUUGAAUGCCAUUAAUCAAUAUCAACCGAACGUUAAUGUGAUCGGUUUCUACGAAAUCAACAGAGGAUUGCUUGGUUCGAUUUUAUCCUUGCUUUUGACAUACUUAAUAGUUCUCGUACAGUUGAACUCUUCAUUUACCACGCCGAGUUCUGAAGAACAGGACUACAAUACUACUAUGACAUAA